AGAGAGGUGGGGGUGAUGAUGGAGGAUGGGGAUCCCGUAGGACGUGCCCCUCCACGCAUUAGCGAUGCGCUAAUGCAUCGCUCCACGACAGCUGCGCUACCGCCCACGACUUCCCGACCCUUCACGGUGCCCACGCCUACCUCCUCGCCCCAGCCUCGCCCGUCACCACUUCAUCCGCUCCAAGCUCUGUGCCUCCGAUGUCGACUACUUCCGCCUCUGACACCCAUCUCCUCUUCUCCUCAUUCAGAUCCCUCUGCCUUGGUCUUCCUCCAUAACUCCCUCAUCUACGCCCAUGCCAUUUUCUGCCGCCACCGCCCUGCCCUCCUCCUCCUUCAUCGCAUGUUCUCCCAUACCUACGGCCCGCUUCCCGACACCUACACCCUUGCCUCCGCCCUCCACCCCGCCGCUGGCGUCGCCUCCCUCCGUCGGCCACCCCCUCCACGCCGCCGGCCUCGCACUCGGCCCCGUCCUCACGAACUCUCUCUUGCCAUGUACUCCAAAGUGCGGCAACCUUGCCUCCGCUUACCAUGUGCUCGAAUGUUUGCCUCAUCGGAGCCAUGACGGGGAGUCCUAAAUCGCGAGGAGAAAAAAAAAAAAGAAAAAAGGGGAAGUUGCUUAGCGGUUCAAAGUUAGACCCGUUUAUAUUCUUUUAAUAAGCGGUCCAUUGACAUUUGAAAUGCCAUAAGGAAACCAAAAUACCCCUGACCUUUUUCCUCUUCCGUCGUUCUUCGUAUGCUUAUUUGUUUAUUUGAACGAGCCCUAUUCAAACUUCACUGAUUCCAGCCUUCCUUUCAUCCCCAAUGUUCGUAUCCUAAUCCUCUCUUCGGACGGAAAAAAAUCCAUAAAAAUCUCGCCCGAUUCCGCUUGAUUUUUAUGCCCUGGUUUCAAACCCUAGAACUGCAAACCACUUUCCAACGAUAUUCGAUCUUCCUCUUUUCCCCUGUUAAGCCAUUCGCCUUUUGGAAAAGUAGAACCUUUCCGGCCCGAUUCUGAGGAGCAAGGAGAUAUUUUCUAUCCGGCCUCGGAGUCGACCUUCGAACCGACUUCGCCCUGUUCGUUUGUAGCGGAAGCUUAGGUGGACAUUGGUCUCUCCAACCUUUCCUGAGGCGUCUCUGCAUUCCUUCAACAGGUUUGUCACCGCAUACUUUCUCGAAUAAUUUAUUUGAACACGGAUGUGAUAUGCAGUAUUGUACGGCAUUCCAGAUAGUUGUUGGAAUGGUUAGGAUUUGUCGAAUUAAUAGACAGAGAGGUUGUGGUAGUACAUUUGAGAUAUUUGUUGUGGAAAAAUUUUUCUAUUCCGUGCUAAUUGUGUUAUUUAUUUUAGUUUUUAGGAUGAUUUAUUUUCCAUUGAUAUUAUUAAAAAUAUAAUUUGUAACUAUAUUUGUGAUGCAGAAAUCUAAGAUGGCCCCAAAGCAGAGUACCGGCAAAAAAUCCUCUGUUAGCCCGAGUAAUAUGGUUAAUGGAAGGUGUUAUUUCACCCACUUUGUAAAUUUUAUGGUCACCCUAAUCCCGUGCAUGUCUGAUGAACAGAAGGAUAGAAUACGUGGCACUCCAUUUGGGCACAUGCUAGGUCUACCAUAUAUAAAACAGAGUAGGCAUGUCUUGGACACAUUGCUCUCCCUUUGGAAUAAUGUUGAGGAGGGUUUUUGGUUUGGUAGGGUUAUAAUGCCUUUUGUAAGGACUGAUUUCGCACUAAUCCUUGGUUAGAGUGCCACGGGUGAUGAGGUGCAACUGCAUAGGAAGGGGAGGGUUACGUCUGACCUCAUCACCCGGUUUUUUGAUGGUGACCACCAGAAAGCCAGUAGAGAUGCAAUUAAAAAUAGAUUACAAGUCCUUGUCGGUAAGAGCAAGCGACAAGAUGUGGAGGAUUUUAUAAAAUUAUGGGUUCUUUAUCUUUUUGGGACUAUCCUUUUCCCAACCGUACGCUACUAUGUCCCUAAGACAUUAUGUUCAUAUGUUGAUGAUUUAGACCGCUUAGGUUCGUAUAGUUGGGGUCUUGCCGUUUUCUCUUUUCUUCGGCAGCAAAUACCUAGUCUAGCCGAUAGUGUGAAGACUAGAAACAUCACAGGCUAAGAAUAUGGUAGAUACAUGGAUGGCUGCACGGUCGCUCUGGUGGUAAGCAUCAAAAGAUGUUUUUUUUUUAAAUUUCAUUGUUACGAUAUAUAUAUUUAGAUGUAUUUUGAUGUUUACAAUACAUUUUUGGCAGGUAUGGGCUGUUGAGCAUGCUAACAACAUUGUUGGAAGGCACCGGCCACCGUUCAUGUAUCCACGUCUCGUAUGCUGGAACAACACCCCAUCCCCCCGCAGGGUGGACGUGAUUGCGAAUGUUAUGAAAAAUUUAAAACGAUUUGAGGUUAUUGAGAAGCUAGAGCCAAGAGAGGAGGAGUUGCACCUUCUCUCGCAAGGAAGGCCACAAUUACUACGGCCUGUUGAGAGGCGUACGGACUCAGAACAGCAACAAUCCGUGCAUGUCGGAACUCAGGUUCCGUCAUCCAGCCAAAGUGAUCGACAUCCACUGCAGGGCAUUCACACACGUAUCACAAUGCUUGAGACGUGUUUGCUACAACAUGGCUUUAGUUUACCAGACCCUCAUCCUAUUGGGGAUGUCGAGAAUACCCGUAUAGAACAGCUCGAUAAGAGGGUGUCGACAAUAGAGAAGGUCCUACGAGAUAAGGGCCUUCUGGUUGAUGACAAACCUGGGGAGCAUGUUACAGUUCCCGCUGAGGAGCAUACUACAGUUGCUCCACCUAUUCACGACGAUGCUCUUCAGAAAGAUCAUAUGCAGCAUAGUGCUGAUUCGGUGGAGGUUAUUUGGUCCACUGAUGCUGAAGCUAAGAAGAAAGCUGGAGCUCCGAGCUCAUAUGUGUCCUCCUUAUGCAAGCGCGUGAAGCUGGGAGCACGCGAGCGAAAGCCAUCGGAGAAAGUGAAGGCCAUAUCACAGCAUCCGAAGACUUAUAAAAGGGCUAAAAAAAAGGUCAAAGUUGCCCAAAUAGGUGAGGUUUGUACGGAAAAUACUAUUUAAAUCGAAGAUUCGCCCGCUCGGUCAACCAACAUAUUCGACCCACCGACAAGUUCAUUAAUAGAGCUCCAAAAAUCUGCUCCAACAUUAGAGGAAACCUCCCCCCCCCGGAGCGGUAUAGAAAUGUUGUCUCGUCCAUAUGUGUUUAUGUAUCCAUAUUGAUUUUGCUAAGUCUAUAAAGUUAAGUUUCCUAACCAAAAUUUCUGUCUUCAUCAUUUAUUCAACUUAGUAUAUAGUGUCGUCCACUAAAGUUAACGAUCUUGAGAGAGUGGCACUGAAACGUAGCUAUCAUAGGAAGGGGACAGGUAUACUCCCUAUUUACUAUGAAGAAGCUAUUAAAUUCUUCCUUGAAGAACAUGAGUUUGGGUAAGUUAAUUAUAUUAACUUAACGUUUUUCACAAUUAUCGCAUUGAAAGUUGCUUAAACAUUUGAAUUAUGUAGGGAUAUAAUAUGGAAGGACGAAGAUUGUACCAAACCUGCAUGCAGCCCUGAUGCCUUAGUGCAGCUCCUACAUGACAAGCCGCUACGGAGUGACGUAUGCUCCUACCUCACUACUACUGGAGGAAUAUAAUUUGGUAUUGACUGCGUACUUCUUUUAUUGCGUACAGGUAAUCAUUAUGUGCUUUCGCAUUUUGGAGCUUCUGCCUCGUGCGUAUACUGAGAUUAUUGACAAUCCGUGUUUAUAUUUGCGCUGCGAGAUCCAGAUUUUGACUUACUGCUCAUGAUGUCUCAUCCUUACAUUUUUCCAAUUGAAAUUCAGCAUGCCAAUGGGGCUGUAACAAAUAAAUUGUAUGCAGGCUGCCGUGCUCCAGCAUCUACCAUUGGAUUACCUCUUAAUUACCACUAAUGUUACCAAAAGAAUCAUAGAGUCAUUGCUGCCCAGUAUUCAAACAUGGCUUCGGGAAUUUAGAUGUGCCGAUCUUCAAAAGUGUAGAUAUCUCUUCAUUCCGAUGAAUACGGGAUGGCAUUAGUAUCUACUUUCUCUGGACUUGAAGGAGCAGCGUUUCGAAUGCUACAACUCCUUGUGGAGUUUCGACGUUGGGGUGGACGUUGUUAGAUAUGUUGGUAUCACUUGUGAAAUUUGAUAUUACUGAUUUUCUUCUUUAUCAUAGGUAUGUUCUUAAAAUUUUGUAUUCUUCACAUUAUUGUGAAAUAAUGGACAAGGACCUGCAUUGAUAAUUAAAAUCAGAUAUACCACAUGCUAUAUUACUUAGAUACUUUGUAGUUUAAAUUAUUCAUAAUAUGACGAUGCAAACCUGAUUCUUGAAGUUUUCUUUCA